AUGUCCGGCUCACCACCUCCACCAUCACCAAACUCCCACGCGACCGCGACGGCUCACGCAUACGCGAGCAAUGGGCUCGAGAUGCUCCAGGCCGCCAGUGAUGCGGCCCAUGCUAUCAACCACCACAUCAGCAGCCCCCAAGCUCUUCAACAUGCCGCCGUAGCUGCCGCCGAAGUUGUAGGCCACCAACAGCCACAUGCGCCCAUGGAUCCUCCGGACGGCAUGCCUCAUGCGACCGAGUUGCCUACUCAGCUUAUACCUGGAAAUGGAGCUGUCAUGCGCGACCCGACCAUUAACCCGAAGCUUACUCGACUUCGGCGGGCCUGUGACAUGUGCAGUAUGCGCAAGGUCAAAUGCGACGAUUCGAACAUACCCUGCCGACCGUGUCGAGAACUGGGUGUAGACUGCACCUACAACCGCGAGACGAAGCGUCGGGGACCACCCAACAAGCAUGCUGAGGCCGCAAAAGCUGCCAAGCGCUCGCGGGUCGAAGUGCCAUCGGCGACUGCAGCGGUGGCAGCUGCUGUAUUCGGAUCUUUGUCUCCAUCACCGCAGACUGCGGCGAAGACACUGAUGAACAUCUCCACCGAUAAUGUCGAUGCCGAAUCCAUUGCGCCUAUGCCAGUGUUGGAACUGCUGGUCGACGACUUCUUCACCUACAUACACCCGCUUGCGCCAUUCCCACACGAGCCUACGUUCCGUCAGUCAUUCGCCAACCGCGAGGACCGUACAAAGCCCGAGUUUCUUGGUCUGCUAGCGAGUAUGAUCUGUGCCCUUGUCGCAUCCUUCCCACGAAGCGCGAGAGAGCAUCUCAAGGCACAACACAGCACCCAUCUGUUUCCUCGAGCUAUCGUCAUGGUUGAAAAAUGCCGUGAGAUUGCUUUGCUUACACGUGGGAAUAAGUGGCAACUCAAACAGCCGAAAACUCUGGACGAUGCUGCGACCAGCUACUUCUUGGGAUUGGCAUCGGGAUACACACAUCAGUGGAAUGCUUCUGGUCAAUUCAUGGCUGAGACCCUGACCCUCCUCCGCGAGCUGGGAUUCAGCCGGCCCAAGCACCCUGGUGAUUUGCCGACAUUUGGAAAUGACAACUGUUCGCCAGAUCCUCUUCCAUUCAACCAUGUCAAAGAUCAAAUUGGGAAGCGCAUCUUUUAUUGCCUUCUUCUUGGCGUGCGAUCCUUUUCUCAACUGGGUGCAUCUUCUGCAGACAUGGUGAUUGCACCAUCAACACCCAGCCUCCCCUACCCUGCAUACCCGGAAAACGUUGAUGACAUCUGUGUUCUUGCGAAUGAAGUCAUCCACCAACAGGAUGGCAGUGUCACCCUGUUGACCGGCUUUCGUUUCGCUAUAGACAUUUACACUACCAUGAACGGUAUUGUCAGUCUUGAGCUGGCUUAUGGCAUGAGCACGCUUCCUUGGGCGGACCAGCGUAUUUUGCUUCGAGAUGGUCUUAUUGCAGCCAAGAGCAUCACCGAUAACCUACCACCAGAGUUGCAGCUUGGAGACCACGGUGUUGAAGCCAAUACCAUGGCCAGUCUUGAUGAUUCUGGCAUGCAAUACGUGCCUCCUGCAUGGCCUAACAGCCAGCCUGCACACGAUCUCCGAAAUAUGAUCAAGAACCAACCCGCUCGGCGCAGGCAUCUUCAGUAUGAGAUUCAAAAAGCCAACAUCUUUGUCUCACAACUCGCUACACGUUCGUAUUUUGUCGAAAUGUACUUUGACCUACGGGAUGUCCACAUGGCAGAACAACGACAGGAAAACAGCCCUAUCGAGGGCCAUUCAGAGGAGGAAAAGGCAGCUCAGGAUGCUGAUGAGAAGGAAAUUUACGAGUUCAUGUCGGAAGAGCGGGAACUGAUUGUGCAAAAUCUUCUCACAGUUUUGGGAUCGAUUUCGCAACGAAACAUGGAACCGAAUGGUGGAUCACUCAUCAACAAGAUCCGACAGGUUGCAUCGACACUUUUGAACGAUGCACCUGAACGAAAGGGACCUUUUGCGGUGAAAUCAGAGGAGGCGUUGUCGCAGUUGAUCAAUAUUCUGGUAAAGCUUGAAAAGACGGGUGCUGGCACCGGAGGUGGUAUCGAUACGCAUGCACAGGAUCCGUCACAGAUGACAUCGCAGGAUGAGGAAGAGGAAUUGCGACAUUGGGCAGACCUUCGAGAUUAUCAGCUGCGAUUUGCAGCGAAUGGCGGGUUUGCUGGGAAUCUGUAG